GAUGUAUUUUUAUAAUUGAAAUAAACAUUUAUUUGAUUCAGGUAUUCAUGAUUAAGCCUUAUUUGAGUACAAGAGAAUCAAUCCAUAAAACUGAGAUUAUAUGACAAUAUUAUAUUAAUAUAAGGAAUAAUGUCAAAUAACAGAAACACAUAGUUAAUAAGAAAGCGAUGGCAUUCGUGAUUUAAAAAUAAAAUACAUUGUAAGUUGUAACAAGAGAGAGUGUGUCAUGUGAAGUGACUUUUUAUUCGAAAGACAUGUGGUAGUACCUAAGUGAUUUGGUUAGAUUUGAAUAUGAUAUUUGUUGCAACAUCUGCUUUUUUCAACGAUACUUAGUCGAAAAGCGGUCUGCAGCCUGAACUAGUUCUGAUCUAUUUCAUAUGCAGUAUGUAAAGUUACAUAUAAGAUGCUAUUUUUUAGUUCGACAUAUUUUUUAAUAAAAUAUCAUAGCCUAGACUUCGAACACUACCGGCACAUAUUUCAGUGUUAACAGUAAAUUUUUGCUGAUGCCUAGACUAAGUUAUAUUUCAAGUAUGUAAUGAUUAUUUCUUCAAAGGUAAUUUCAGAUACUCUACAAACGAGAUAGACCACAACUUGUUCAAACUGUGAGCAGACUAUCGUGUCUUUCGAUAUAAAAAGCUCGAUAAACAGUUAAAUAAGAAAGUUCGUUUUAACAAUAAAAAGUGAAACAGGACUUCUGAAUCGAAUUUUCUGAACAGUUGAGAAAUAAUCUGAUGAACAAACAUGUGAAAACAAAUUGUUUGCCUCAAUCGAAAAUCGGCGUGUAUAGUGUUUUGGGACUCUGUUAGUUAAAAUCAUUUAUGCGAAUUGCAAGUGUAUGUUAGAUGUAUCGAUAACACAGUGGUUACUAUUUUUAUCCUAACAUCAGAUGAUUUAAUGUUCAGUUGUGUGUCAAGACAUAUAUUUCUUCUCACGUGUUUAUUCAUCAGCUUAUCGUCCUGUCUCAGCCGUAUAAAAAUUCAAUGCCAGUUUAGAAAGAUAAUUGACACAUCAAACCUUUUUUCAUAGUGCUCAUUCAAGUAUCGGUUGUUGAAGAUACUGAUUUUGUGUAUCGUAGAAAAAUAUAUAGAAUUACAUUUCGACCGUUUAUGAUUCAGUUUUUCAUAUCUUAGUUUAGUCGUUUACUGUGAUGUGGAUCAUUCGGUUAUUUUACAUUAUUCUUCUAAUAACGUUCGUCGAACCAGCUCAUUUUAAUGGCGGUGCAAUAACAUUUCGACCGGUAAACGCAUCGGCAACCGGCAGCGUAGUAUCACUCAUUAUUACACAAACUUAUGAUUGGACGUACCCACUCGUUAAUUGCGAUAAUACUAUGAUAGCAGCACAAACUCUAUUAACUUAUUCUGGGAUGUCUAGUUAUCAGUUAGUUUGUAUAGCAAAUUGCAAUACAUCAAGUGGCUACACAACACUAAUGGUUCAAUCUCCUUGUACGGAUUUUAGUGUAUAUCUACAAACAACAAUUGGUCAACGUUCUGACAUUGUUAAUUUAGAAUCGACUGAUCAUUUUACCGUUGCAUUUCAGAGUAGUGCUUACUAUGCAUUGAGUUUAUACUCUGCUCCAGUAUUGAGCUGGAGUAUAGCUUGUACAAUUAACGUUUUAUUACGACCAGAUGGAACGAUAAAUACAUCACCGACAGCCAAUAUAGUAUCAUACAUUAAUAUUCCAUUGAAUAUAUUUUACACUUUUCAAAUUCCAGUGGCCGACGAAGAUGAUGAUGAUGUACGAUGUCGAUUCUCGACUAGUACAGGCGGUGUUGACGAAUGUGGGCAUGUUUGUUAUCCGGCUGCGCUACCAACCGGCACAGUAUUAUAUCCAAACUGUACACUGGUGAUUAAAGGAAAGAAUCUUUACGAUUAUUAUGCCGUGGCAAUACAGGUUGAAGAUUAUUUGGAUUCGACAUCAACAACUGCGUUUAGUUCCGUACCCGUGCAAUUUUUAGUGUAUGUGAUUCAAGAACCAUCGUGUCCUUCGCCGACUGUCUUCAGCUCAUUUACAACAGAUGCUUGUAUUAGUGUACAAGUUGGUCAAACAUUAGUGAUUCCACUAUUUGCUGAGAGUUAUUGUUCGACCGCGGAUAUUACUGAUAUUGGUACAUUGUCGUUUCCAAUUGUAUUAAAAGGUUCAUUUAUUCAAUUAAAUUCAACUGUAUGGACAGUUAAUUUAACGUAUACGCCAACGGCCAGUGAAAUUGGACUACAAAUACUCUGCGCAAUUGCUAUUGACACUGCUUAUACACAAUCCAGCCAAUACUGUCUCACAUUUAUAAUUGGAGAUACAAAUUCACUUUAUUGUCAAGCAGAUACAACUUCAACAUUGACUACGAGCACGAGCACAAGCACUGAAACUACUACAUCAACAAGUACCACAUCUACAAGUACUACAUCGACAAGUACCACAUUGACAAGUACCACAUCAACAAGCCCGAUACCACAAGGUUACCGCAAAAGUUCUACUGACAGUGUCAAUUUGGCAUUGCUGCUUGGCUUACUUCUUCCCUUACUGGCUUUAUUAGCUCUGUGUUGUUGUGGCUUGUAUUGUUUAUUUAAAUACUGCUGGUUGCGUCGAUUGCGACAUAAAAACGAAGAAGACAAUAGAUUGUAUCGAAGUCAGUACAUUAGUAAUAAGCGAGCACAUUCGAUUGAUUCGUUAGCCUCUGGUUCAUUAUCACCAUUUGAAUCCAAUUCAACCGUAUCGACAUCUCUUUGGACGAGUGCGCUCACCUAUCCAUCGACUCCUAACUGGAAUUAUUCUGGACAAUCGAAACCUACACGUGAUUCUAUUCCUCUCACACCUCAUCAUCAGAGUACACAGUUACCAAACGCCCCAUAUAACAGUUCGAUUCUACGACGUGCUUUUUCUCAACAACAACCGCGGUUGUCAAAUGCAGAAGCUCCUACUUCAAUCUUAGAACGUGCUCACUCUCAACAACAAAAGCGGUUGUCCAACGUAGGAUCUCCUACUUCAAUCUUAGAACGUGCUCACUCUCAACAACAAAAGCGGUUGUCCAACGUAGGAUCUCCUACUUCAGUCCUAGAACGUGCUCACUCUCAACAACAAAAGCGGUUGUCCAACAUAGGAUCUCCUACUUCAAUCUUAGAACGUGCUCACUCUCAACAACAAAAGCGGUUGUCCAACAUAGAAUCUCCUACUUCAAUCUUAGAACGUGCUCACUCUCAACAACUGAGCCGCAUCACAUCGCCAAAUAGAACUGAAAAUGAUUCGAUUUUAUCAAGCGCUUACUCGCAACAAGUGAGAAAGAGUACAACAAAAAUAGCAUGGUGA